UACAGUCCAGGGCUUGAGCUUUCCUAUUUCUCGCUAGAAGAGAGAGUGGAGGCAAUAGAAAGUCCCUGUAGUCAAACUCCCCGUGGAGGGGUAUGUGCAGAGAAACCACAGACUUGCCAAAGCCCCCGUAAUGUCGCUGUGACAGCUAGGUGUGUUUAUUUGUGUGGAUUGGAGAGUCAAGAACUGUGGGUCUUGGGGGAGAAACUUCCUGACAAAGGGCUUUGGAUAGCCAGGAAGCAGAACAAGCCUACCCUCAUGCUUCUGGCCAGAAGUCUGAAACUUUGGGAUUGAGAGGUGACCUUGAAGGUGCACGUUAGCGACGCCAGCACGCACCAGCCCAUCGCAGAUGCGCUCAUUGAGAUCUUUGCCAACCAGGUGUCUGUGGCCUCCGGCACAUCCAGCACAGAUGGGGUCGCCUUCAUCAAGUUCCAAUACAAGCUGGGUAAUCAGUUGAUUGUCACCGCCACGAAACAUGCCUAUGUGCCAAACUCUGCCCCGUGGAAGCCCAUCCGGUUACCGGUGUUUUCCUCGCUGAGCCUUGGCCUGCUUCCUGAACGCUCUGCUACUCUAAUGGUCUAUGAAGAUGUUGUCCAAAUAGUAUCGGGAUUCCAAGGUGCCAGGCCACAGCCUCGGGUUCAUUUCCAGAGAAGGGCCUUACGGUUGCCAGAGAACACCAGCUACAGCGACCUCACGGCCUUCCUCACUGCCGCCAGCUCCCCAUCAGAAGUAGACAGCUUUCCUUAUUUGCGAGGAUUGGAUGGCAACGGGACAGGAAACAGCACCCGGUAUGACUUGACCCCUGUCACAGCCGUCAGCGUGCACUUGCUCAGCAGUAAUGGAACGCCGGUGCAGGUGAACGGCCCCAUCUAUGUCACUGUGCCCUUGGCCACACAGAGCAGUCUGAGGCACAAUGCCUAUGUCGCAGCAUGGCGGUUUGACCAGAAGCUGGGAACGUGGCUAAAGAGUGGCCUGGGCCUGGUGCACCAGGAAGGCAGCCAGCUCACGUGGACAUACAUUGCCCCCCAGCUGGGGUACUGGGUGGCAGCCAUGUCGCCUCCCAUCCCAGGUCCCGUUGUGACACAGGACAUUACCACGUAUCACACGGUGUUUCUUUUGGCCAUUUUAGGAGGAAUGGCUUUCAUUCUUUUGGUUUUGCUGUGUCUCCUUUUAUAUUAUUGCAGGAGGAAGUGCUUGAAGCCCCGUCAGCACCACAGAAAGCUGCAACUCCCCCCGGCCCUGGAGAGUUCCAAGAGGGAUCAGUCAACUUCCAUGUCUCACAUCAACUUGCUGUUCUCUCGAAGAGCAUCAGAUUAUCCCGGCCCUCUGUCUGUCUCCAGCCAUAGCCGCCCAGAGGCCCCAGGGACAAAGGAACUGAUGGGCGGGGUGCACCUAGAAAUGAUGUCCCCCAGUGGGGAGGGGGACCUGCACACACCCAUGCUGAAGCUCUCCUAUAGUACCUCACAAGAGUUUAGCUCCCGGGAGGAGCUGCUCUCCCAGAAAGAAGAGGAUAAAAGCCAAACAUCCUUUGAUAACCUGACUCCAAGUGGAACACUGGGGAAAGACUACCAUAAGUCUGUGGAGAUUUUUCCCUUAAAGGCAAGAAAAUCUCUGGAAAGAGAAGGCUAUGAGCCCUCUGGCAAUGAUGACUACAGGAGUAGUUACAAUACUGUGCUGUCCCAGCCUUUGUUUGAAAAGCAAGAUCAAGAAGGCCUGACAUCGGCAGGAAGCAAACUCACCAUUCAGGAACACAUGUACCCCGUCCCUCUGUCCCCUGAAAAAGAGCAGCUGCUGGACCGCAGACCUGCUGAAUGUAUGAUGUCGCGCUCUGUCGACCACCUGGAGAGACCCACUUCCUUCCCGAGGCCAGGCCAGCUCAUCUGCUGUAGCUCCGUGGACCAAGUCAACGACAGCGCCUACAGGAAGGUACUGCCCGCGCUGGUCAUCCCAGCCCACUACAUGAAACUUCCAGGGGACCAUUCUUACGUGAGCCAGCCUCUGGUAGUCCCCGCUGACCAGCAGCUGGAAAUAGGAAGGCUCCAGGCUGAGCUGGCCAACCCCCAUGGAGGGAUCUUCUCGCACCCCUCCUCUCAGAUGCAGGGCCAACCCUUGUCUUCCCAGGCCAUCUCUCAGCAGCACCUGCAGGAUGCGGGCACACGGGAAUGGAGCUCUCAGAAUGCCUCCAUGUCAGAGUCUCUGUCCAUCCCAGCAUCCCUGAAUGAUGCAGCUUUGGCUCAAAUGAACAGCGAGGUGCAGCUCCUGACGGAAAAGGCGCUGAUGGAACUUGGGGGUGGGAAGCCACUUCCCCACCCUCGGGCAUGGUUUGUCUCCCUAGAUGGAAGGUCCAAUGCUCAUGUUAGACACUCAUACAUUGAUCUCCAAAGAGCUGGAGGAAAUGGAAGAAAUGACGCCAGUUUGGACUCUGGUGUGGAUAUGAAUGAGCCAAAAUCUGCCAGGAAGGGAAGGGGAGAUGCUUUGCCUCUCCAGCAGAGCCACCCACCUGUACAGGAGCACCAGCAAAAAGAAUCCAGAGCUCCGGACAGCACUGCCUACACGCAGCUCGUGUACCUGGACGACGUGGGCCAGAGCAGCAGUGAGUGUGGGACCACGGUCUGCACCCCUGAGGACAGUGCACUGAGAUGCCUAUUGGAAGCGUCGGGCCGGAGGAGUGGGGGCCAGCUACCCAGCCUGCAGGAGGAAACAACCAAACGAACUUCAGACAUUCCCCCGGAACCGUUAGCCAGCCCCAACCAGAGAAGGUCGGCCAAUGAUGAAGAGGAAGACGACGACGACGAUGAUGACCAAGGAGAAGACAAGAAAAGCCCCUGGCAGAAACGAGAGGAGAGACCCCUGAUGGCCUUUAACAUAAAAUGAGCCGUCGCUGAGCCAGGGAUGUGGAAUAUAAAGUUGCCAAAUAUCCUUUCUUAUGAAAGCAUACCUAUAUGAGGAGAAGCUGAAGAGUGAAGACCAUGGAAGUAGAUGCUUUCUGCAUUGACACGGCGCUGUUGGUAGCAGAAAGAAAUUAAGGUUAUGGCUCAGAAUGAAGGAUGACUGACAGAUGCUGCCCCUCCGGGCAGGUGGCUGGGAGACAUACGUCAUUCUAUGGACCCGGCUUGUCCCAGUGGAUGCUGAUGAACCACAUGUGGAAUUGCUGUGCUCCAAGGACCACCUCAGUUCUCCCUCAGAGUCUGGAAACAGAUGGAACUCUUUUUGCAUUGUUUGAAUCCUCCAUUCUGUCACGAUAAUGCUACUGUGAAGCUCUUAGUGGGAAAUUGGGUGUCGUGUAGUUUCCCAAAGUCAGCAUUAUCUCAAAGGAAAGCUAUGCAUUGCUGCUUCGUUGUUGUUACUUUGCUUAGACUUUGCUUUGAUUAGGUCUCUCUCCUCUUUCUCUCUCUCUCUCUCUCUCUCUCUCUCUCUCUCUCUCUUUCUCUCUCUCUCUCGGUGGGGGUUGCUUUUAUCUUUAAAGUAUGAUUUGAUUCAGUUGUAAAAUUUUUAUCUCCUUGUUUUAGUCUGUUCUACUUCUCUAUGGUUGAUUGCAGCAUCUCCCUUCAGGAACUCCUGAGUGUCGGCUCCUAACAUCUAAGCCUUUUAAUGAAAUUAUACUGAAAUUUUUAUCAGCUAAGAGUCCUUCAAUUCUGGUCCCAUUAACUCCAAGUGCCUUUUUUACAGUGACAACAAACAGUCCCUCAGUUUUGUGUUUUUUUGUAACCCUUUUAAUUGAACUGCCUGGAUUUUAUAUAAAGUUACUGACCGAUACCUUGUUCUUUGAACUGCAUGCUGCCAAGUGCCAUCGUGCUCAGCAUCCUCAUUUCAGCGCAGUAUACUCUCUAGUUAUCAUGUGUAACGUGGGUCUGUUUAGCUAAGAUAGACUAGAGGACACUGUAGAGAUGCCCUUUCCUGUUCCAUCCCUUUGGCCGCUAGCCUCCAGUAUGGUUCCACUGGCUGUUUGUAUAUAAGGGUUUUGUGUUCACUCUGGAAUCCUGUGUGCCCAUCUUGCUCACCAAAUGUGAGAGUACGGGCUGAGCGAGGGGAUUGGAUGUGACUAUUAAACAGCACUCAUGUACUGUCCAAAAGUGCCAGAAUGACCCUUCUGUGCACUCUCCUUUAAGAGCUGCUUGGUUGUCCAAAAAUGAAAACUCAAAAUAAACUUGGAAGAAGAAAAAAAAAAA